AUGGCGGGCGUACAGAACAAGCUGGAGGUGCUGGGGGUGGAGGACGAUGCGGGCAAUCCCAUCAGCGCCCUGACCAUCCUGUCGCUGCUGGAGCGUGUGGCAGGCAUCAUCGACAAUGUCCAGGCUGGCCAGCAGCGCAUGGAGGAGCAGCAGCUGGACCUGGAGACCAACAUCAAGACCAUCCAGGGUGACGUCCUGAAGCUAGCCAAAGACCACACCACCACCAGUGGCACCGUGGAGAAGCUGCUCCAGAAGACGCGCAAGGUCAGCUCCAAUGUCAAGGAGGUGCGCACGCGCGUGGAGAAGCAGAACGUGCGCGUCAAGAAGGUGGAGACCACACAGGAGGAGCUGCUGACCCGAAACAAGUUCCGUGUCAUCAUUUAUCAGGGGGAACAUGAGAUCCCUUCGGUGGCCGUGACAAAGACCCCAAAAGGAGCUGUUGGUAUGGAGGGGUUGGUGAUCGAGCCAGACACCUACGAUGUCCCCGAGGACAUCUCCUCAGACGAGGAAUACAUGACAGUGGACGAGACUGAAGGAGGCUCCAGAACCGCCCGCUUGAAGGCGUCAGGCAUGAAGGGCAUUGAAAGCAUCAAGCAGGCCUUCUCCAAGGAGACCAUGACCAAGACCAAGGACAACUUGGGCACCAAGUUCCACAACAUGGGCGAGAAAAUGGUGCCCCCCGAAAGACGGGAGAAGAUGCACCAGGCCAGCGAGCGCAUCAAGCACUCUGGCGAGAGGCUGAAGGAGAACAUUGCCAAGAAGGCCCCCACCAAGGAGUCCUUCCGCAUCAAGCUGAAGAAGGAGAGGACCGUGGCCGAGGGCCAGGAGGGAGCUGAGGCUGAUGGGGAGGUCGAUGAGGCGGUGACCCCAGUCAAGGGAAGAAAAAGCCCGGAAGUCAGUAAAACCCCGGUAGUAACCUACACGGAGGUUGUAACGGAAAGGGAAACCAAGAGGGAGGGUCCCGUGGAGGAGCCGGCCGCCAUCCGGAUAGGGGAGGUAGGGAAAUUCACUGUGGAGGCAGUGGAAGAGGGCAAGGAGGACGAAUACGACAGGAAGUAG